GAGGCUUCACCUGCCGCCGCCCGCGGAAGCAUCCUUCCGGCCUCUGCCCCCCGGAGCCCACACCCUGCCACGCUGUGCUGGCCACGAGCUUCGCUGCUCCCCGAUUUCCCCUCCCUUCGCAUGGGCCCGGCCCGAGAACUCAUUCAAGCUCUGUCCUGGCCGUUUCCCAACUCAGCCGCAUCUGACCUCAUUCCCCUAAUGUUCCGGGGCCGCCCCUGCAUCGCCCGGGCUCCGUGCCCCCAUCCAACCCCAGUGGCCCGCGGCCGGCCACUCUCCACCCUCCUGCGGGGCUGUGCCUCCCUCUUCCACUUGGGCCCGCGACCCCAGGACCCAGGACCCAGUCACGGCCACUCGGGGACCCCAACCUCGGCUCUCCACCACUUGUUUACUGGGCACUGAGCUCGCUGUGUCCCCGGCGCAGGAGCAGGCCCCCGAGGCCGCGGCCCGCCAUGCAGAAGCACUACACUGCCCACUCCGUCAAGGGUGCCCGGACCCUUGCCGAACGCUGCUGCCUGGAUCCAGAGUUAGGGCACAAAAAAGGAUGCUGUCACCACUGGCACCAGGACCCAGCGGCCCCUCGAGCCCAUGGGCCCUGUCGGCCAUCCCCCCAGUCACACUGGCAACAGGCCUACUACAGCCACCGGGGGUGUGGCAGUGGCUGGUACCGGGGCCCCAAGGCCCCUGUCCUACAGCAGCAGAAGCAGCGGCAGCCCCAGCCCCCAACUCCCAGCCCCACAUGGCAGCGGCUCAACCUGGUCCACAGGGCCCAGAAGGGGCCGCCUGAAACUGCCUGCGGCUCCUUCACCUCCUACGGCUCCGACAUCCUGACAGAAGAUGACGUCUACUGCAGCUGCCUGGCCAAGACUCUCUGCCACGUGCCUGUCCCUGUGACUGUGGGCUUCUAUGCCCCCUUCGGCUGCCGGCUGCACAUGAUGCUGGACAAGAUCACCAGGCUGCUCAUGGCCGUGUACUCGGUGGGCAAGCACCUGUUCGUGAGCCAGCGCAAGAAGAUCGAGCGGCUGGUGUCGCACGAGAAGUUCGGCAGCCAGCUGGGCUUCAUGUGCGAGGUGAAGAAGGAGGUGGAGCUGCUCACCGACUUCCUGUGCUUCCUGGAGAUCUACCAGCGGCGCCGGCUGCGCGUGGUGCUCGAGGUCACCGGGCUGGACACGUGCUACCCGGAGCGCGUGGUGGGCGUGCUCAACGCCAUCAACACUCUACUGUCCGACAGCCACGCGCCCUUCAUCUUCAUCCUGGUCGUGGACCCCAGCAUCCUGGCCGCGUGCCUCGAGAGCGCCGGCAACAUGAAGGGCACGGCUGACAACGGCUACCUCUUCCUCAACCGCACCGUCACGCUGCCCUUCUCCGUGCCCAUCAUGGGCCGCCGCACCAAGCUGCAGUUCCUGCACGACGCCGUGCAGAGCCGCGACGACCUGCUCUUCCUCGACCGGCAGCAGGCGGGGGGCGCGCCCGAGGCCCGCGCGCGCCUCUGGGACGUGUUCUGUGAUAACAGCCGAGAGCUGCACAGCAUGACCAAGGCGCUGCAGAACGUGCUGGACCUAGACGGUGACCCCGAGCUCUUUGAGCGCUUCCUGGGCUCCGACUUCCCCUUUACCGUGGCCGAGGCGCAGUCCCUGCUGCGCUGCACGGUUAACCUGGACCACUCCAUCCGCCGCCGGAUGGGCCUCAUCCGGGCGGUCAGUGCGCUCAGGCCACCCAGCCCGCCCAAGUCUCCUGCCCGGGAUGCGCCUUCUGCUGCCGGUGGAGCCACUAACACUGCAGGGGCAUCCCCGGGAGGCAGCGGGGCAGGGCACACCAGUGGAACCCACCACCCCCUGGACAAGGCCCACGUGGGCAAGCCGAAGCCAAAAGCCUGAGCCCCUCACACCAGGGGCCCCAGCCGGGUGUGCCCUGAAUGGAUGACCCCAGGGCAGCAAGCCCUCCGUCCACUGCCCCCUCGAGGGUGUAGGGCCACGCCCCCAGCUCACUGUGGCUGUGCCCGUGCCUGCCAGCGGGGUAGGGGAGGGGCAGUGAGGAACUCGGGGCGAA